CGGCUGGUUGGGAGAGGCGAACGCAUCGGGGCGGACGUCCACUUCACUUUUCCCCGGGUGUUGUCUGUCUCCCCGGCGCACACUCACGGCUGCUUCCAUCUAUCCAUGCAGUUCACUUCAUUGUACUGACUGUGCUCAUCAAUUAGGCAAGAAUUAAGCCGUUUUAGAUGUAAUAUUGUCUUUUAGCGCUUCGAAGAGGAUUGUAAUCUGCGGAACGAGGCGCAGAUAAGUUUUGAGUGCGGGAAAGCGGAGAGAAACGAAACACAGCCAUGCCUCAGUGAUGGAGCGCUCGGGGUCCGGGGUCCUGCCAGGAGCAGAGCAAAGACUGUAACCAACGGCAACAGCCAACCACACUCUGAAGAGGAGAGCAGCGAUGAAGAGCAUGCUCAUGACAGUAUGAUCAGAGUGGGGGGAGACUACCAGGCUCAGAUCCCAGAGUUCAAACCAGACAGCCCAACCCGCUACAAUGAGAAGGACGAGAGGAGCAUGUUGGUCUGGCGUCCCAACAGUCAGCUUUCUGAUGCAAUGUUGGACGAGUACAUACUGAUGGCUAAAGAGAAACAUGGAUACAACAUGGAGCAGGCCCUGGGCAUGUUAUUAUGGCACAAACAUGAUGUGGAGCGCUCGCUUGCCGACCUGGCCAACUUCACCCCGUUCCCAGACGAGUGGACAGUGGAGGACAAAGUGCUGUUUGAGCAGGCCUUCAGCUUCCACGGCAAGAGCUUCCACCGCAUCCAGCAGAUGCUUCCAGACAAGCUGAUCUCCAGCCUUGUGAAGUACUACUACAGCUGGAAGAAGACCAGGACCAGGACCUCUGUCAUGGACCGACAGGCCAGGAGGCUGGUCAGCAAGAGAGAGAAAGACGACAGUAAUGAUGAGAUUGAGGAAGGAGACCCUGGCAGCGACAGUGACUUUGAGAUUGACGCCAAGAAAGAGGCAGUCAAACAGAAUCCCAACAAUGCCAACUCUGACAAGGCCACCCCCAGUCGCUCUGGGCCGGUGAAGAAGGAAAAUAUCGGAGCGCAGUACCGCCACCACCCGCUCAGAGCCCGCCGCAGGCCACCUAAAGGCAUGUACCUGGAGCAGGGAGACAUCAUGUCGGUGUCAGCCUCCCACAAUGCCGGGGUGCUAACUAUACGACAGCUGGACACACAGUUGGUGUCACUCAAGAGACAGGUCCAGUCUAUUAAACAGAACAACAGUAGUUUGAAACAGAGCUUAAAUGAAGGUGUUGACACUUUCAAACCAGCCGAGCCUGUCCCUAAGAUGAACUCUCGAUGGACCACAGAGGAGCAGCUCCUGGCUGUGCAGGCUAUCCGUCGCUAUGGCAAAGACUUUGCAGCCAUUGCGGAGGUGAUCGGCACCAAGACACCAGCUCAGGUGAGUUCCUUCUUCGUGAGCUACCGGCGCAGGUUCAACCUGGACGAGGUGCUGAGGGAGUGGGCGGCCGAGCAGGUGGCCACCAGCCGAGACCAGAGAGACCUCCGAAGGAGCAGCGAGGACAUGGCAGCCGCUGCAGAUGGAGCUGCCGAGGAGGACGAGGUGAGCCGCCGCAGCAUGCACAUGCACCUAUAAAGAACGGCAUUAGUAGUAUUGGUUCAAAGUUUCUCAUUUUAAGAAGAUGUCUUAACAAGUCAGUCAAAAUGAAACCGCAUCCCACAUGAUAUUGACCUUCUCGUCUAACUCUUUUACAAAAUUAAAACUAUUUAAUCUAAGUUCAUCCUCAACCAUUGUCUAUUCCAGUGGUAAAACUUGUUGGCUGGCUCACUGGUCAUCUAGUUAAAGUUCUAUUCAUAGACAUUCAUACUUUUCUUGUAAACCUAAAAUGCCCCUUAUGAAAAAAAAACAUCAAGA